AUGGUCAACCGCGGACGCCCUUCCCGCGACUGCCUACCAUGUAGGAAGCGCAAGCUACGCUGUGAUCUCCGCCCCGAUGGCUGCGGACAGUGUUCUCGGGCUGGAAUUGCCUGUAUCGGUUACCGCACACAAGAAGAGCUGCGCUUUCGCGACCAGACGCAAUCGGUCAAGCACAAGGUCCAGUCUGUGCAGCGCCAUGCCCAACCCGUAUCCUACCGAAAGGUCAAGCUCGAGAAUAACGCCCUCCUUCAAACUGUACAUCUCGGUUGGGAUGUGUUCGCCAAGCAGGAUUUCUUUGCAAAUUUCGUCUUUGGUCUCGCGAGGAGCUACGAUGCUCUCGGCAUCCUGUACCAAACCGCGAAUCCACCAGACCAUCUAGUCGCGAGCGUCGACGCCGCCAGCCUGGCUUUUUUCGCCCUCCGCCGGUUUUCGCCGCCUGCAGAAAUCAUCAAGCUUGCGACUGAGCGCUACGUGGCCGCGCUGCACCUCGUCAACGCGGCGCUUGCCGACCCCGCGGCCUCUUUGGCGGACGACACGCUGCAGUCGAUACUGCUGCUCGACCUCUAUGAGAAGCUCGUCAGUCGCAAGCUCGCAUCGGCAGCCUCCCGGAUGAAGCACAUAAAUGGCGCCAUUUCGCUGAUACGCGCGCGAGGCGAGGGUAACUUGCAGACGUACGUCGGCCGCCGCCUGACGCAGCGACUGUGCACCACGCUCGUCAUCAGCUGUGCCAUCUCCGGCAUGCGGAUACCAGAUGAGAUGGAGCGCCUGCGGAUUGACCUAAGCCGGUAUUUUAAAGUCGAAGAGGACCCCAAGUGGGCGCUGACAACGUUGAAUCAGCGGAUCAUUAAUUUCACGUCGGACGUGCAAACGGGCAAAAUAUCGUGUCUGAACCAGAUACUGACGCGGGCUUUGGACUUUUACCAGUCGACGGUCGCGAUGGAGAACGUCUUGCCCCCGUGCUGGUAUCCCACUCGUGUCUCUGUCGGCGACGAUGCUCUGGGCCAGCAGUUGACCGUGGCGGGGUCCUAUGACGUCUACGAGAGCUUGUACUUUACGCAGGUCCGCAACGCCAUUCGCACAGCUCAGCUCAAUCUGCUCUUGAUGAUUGAGCGGUAUUCCGCAGGCAAAGACACCACUCUCGCCGCCUCCAUACGAAAAUCGAUUGGAAUAAGGGCCCUUGCCAUCUGCGACAGCCUCGCUCAAUACUUGGUGUUGCGCAACAACCAGGGCGGCCUGUCGUGGGACUUGGACUCGCCCAUGAAGCAGCUGGGCAGCUACACAAUUUUCUUCCCGAUGUAUCUAGCCGUGCAGGCAUCUCGCGACGCGCGCCUGGCCGAGUGGGCGCAGAAUGUGCUUGGUUUGGUGGCGGAUGUCGGUGGGCUAGCCAUGGCCCAGAGGACGGCCGAUGCGUUGAAGCAGAGCGUAAAGGUGCCGGUCUGGGAUGUGUAUAUCAUGUUGGGCAGUUAUGCCAUCACGGCGUGA